GUGCUAGCGGGAGAAUUUACUCAUGUAGGCAGGUCUAGUCUAGUCGUUUUAUAUGGGUGGUUCCCGCCGGGUUUGUUUGAUUUAGUCACCUCGAAAGGGUUGUGUGUGUGCGUGUGUCUGUUGUGGGCCGAGCGACCCGAUGCAAAGAACCAUGAUGACGAUUAUGAUGAUAUCUGAACAUGGGGCCAUAGAAAAGUAAUGCAUUAUGAAGGCCCCAUUAUCUAUAGAACAGAGCGAAUGAACCCAUCCACCAUAGUCAAAGUACACUACAUAAGGCUAUAAGUACCUUAGAGGUUCGAUGAGAACCCGGAGUUGAUCCGGAAAAUGUAUGGUAAAAUAUGGGAAAGGGAAAGAGACGGGAAAAGCCUCAGUCUAGGUUGUGGCUGGAAUGUUGUUACGUAGGGCAGCAUGCGUGUUGGCUGUUGCUUCUCUCCGUCACCACCAUCUGGUCCUGGAAGAAGCCAUGCGACCUUGUUCCGCCUUUCCUGGGAAAUCAAAAUCCCUGGACUUCCUGAGAUACAAUAUGAUGAACCUAUUGAUGGCGAUCGCCUCAUUGGGAAAAGAAUCCAGUAAUGUGCUGCGCGGUUAUUGCUCCGUCAACACGGCCGAGAGGUACUCUGGCAUCCGAGGAGUAUAGUCGCACAGGAACAUGGUAUCAUACAUACAGCUAGAAUUCCGUUCUAGUGGACAGAGGAGGGUACGUAUGAAUAACAAAUGUGACAAAAUUAAGGCAUUAUAGGACGGAUAUAUUAGAUCU